AUGCCUACCUUUACCGUCUUCCGUGGCUCUGAGAGCGGCGCCCCCGUCAAGAGCACAACAACCAAGCCCGAUGAGCUCGCUGGCGAUCUCGUCUAUGUCAAGGUCACCGCCUCGGGUGUCUGCGGCACUGAUCUGCACUACCGUAAGAGAGAUGUCGUACUGGGUCACGAAGGUGUUGGUGUCGUCGAGGCUGUUGGCCCCGAAGUCAAGCAUCUGAAGAAGGGUGAUCGUGUUGGUUGGGGUUAUGAGACCGACAGCUGCGGACAGUGCACCCAGUGCCUCGGUGCCGAUGAGAUCUACUGCCCCGAGCGUGCCAUCUACGGCGGCGACAUGAGCAAAGACCAGGGCAGCUUUGCUACGGGCGCUGUCUGGCGCGAAGCUUUCCUGCACCAGAUCCCCGACAACUUGUCCGAUGAAGCUGCUGCUCCUCUGCAGUGCGGCGGUGCGACUGUAUACACGGCGUUGCUUGGAGCCAAGCCUACCGACACCGUCGGCAUCAUGGGUGUUGGCGGCCUGGGCCAUUUGGCCAUUCAGUUCGCCGCCAAGAUGGGCUGCCGCGUAGUAGUGCUCUCCGGAUCCGACAGAAAGAAGGAUGAGGCGACCAAGCUGGGAGCUCACGAGUUUGUUGCUAUGAGCGGCAUGACGGCCGAAAAGGCGGCUCAGGUCACUCCCAUUGACAGACUUGUCGUUACCAUGUCUGGCCAGCCCGACUGGUCGACCGUUGUGCCGAUGCUCACUCCUCGCGCUCGCAUCUAUCCCCUAGGCGUGUCCUUUGACGACUUUUCGAUCCCGUACAUGGCUCUUAUUCAGAAGGGCAUCAUUAUCCAGGGCUCUUUGGUUGCUACCCGCGCUGUGCACCGCGAGAUGCUUGCCUUUGCUGCCUUCCACCAAAUUCUGCCUGUUAUGGAGAAAUUCCCUAUGACCGAGCAGGGUAUCCAAGACGCAUUGGACAACUUGGAUAAGGGCAAAGUGCACUACAGAGCCGUGCUGAUCCCUGCUUAG